CUAUACCUGGAGGUGCCGUCGUCAUGUCUGCCUAUCGUCUACUCUCCAGUAUACAACAUCACCUUCAUGGGCCUUGAGAAACUACACCCCUUCGACAGCGGCAAGUGGGGGAAAGUCAUCCACUUCCUAAAGGAGGAGAAGUUGAUCAGUGAUGGGAGCAUCGUUGAGGCACGGGAGGCUACAGAGGAAGACCUGCUGGUGGUUCACACAAAACGCUACCUCAACAGACUCAAGUGGUCCGUGGUUGUAGCGACCAUCACAGAGAUCCCUCCCCUCCUAUGCCUACCUAACUUCCUGGUUCAGAGACGGGUCCUGAGACCACUCAGAACGCAGACCGGAGGGACCAUCAUGGCAGGGAAACUGGCUGUAGACCGAGGCUGGGCUAUCAAUGUAGGUGGGGGCUUCCAUCAUUGCUCCAGUGAUAAAGGAGGAGGAUUCUGUGCCUACGCCGACAUCACCUUAGCUAUCAAGUUUCUGUUUGAGAGGGUGGAGGGAAUCUCCAGAGCCACCAUCAUAGAUCUGGACGCACACCAGGGGAACGGUCAUGAGCGUGACUUCCUGGAUGACAGACGUGUUUUCAUCAUGGACGUCUACAACCGAUACAUCUACCCUGGAGACGGAUAUGCAAAGAGAGCCAUACAGCGUAAGGUGGAGCUGGACUGGGGGACGGAGGAUGAUGAGUACCUCCAGAAGGUAGAGCUCCACUCGGAGGGUGCUCUCAAUGAGGUCCGGCCUGACAUCAUAGUAUACAACGCCGGGACAGACGUCCUGGACGGAGACCCCCUGGGAGGGCUGGCUAUCUCACCACAGGGCAUAAUAAGGAGGGAUGAAAUAGUGUUCCGGGCAGCGCGAAGGAGAGGGAUACCCAUCCUGAUGGUGACGUCUGGUGGAUACCAGAAGAAGACCGCUCGCAUCAUCGCUGACUCCAUCAUCAACCUGCGACGCCAGGGCCUGAUUGGAGGGAAUGAGGAUGGGGAGGUGGCAGAGGAGUGUGUGGGCGGAGUCCCCCUCAUGAUGAGCAGCUCUGACUCCUCCCCUUCCUCUGUGUCGACAGGACCAGCCCCCAACACCAUCUGA